AUGGCAGAACAGGAGCUAGAUUUGGUCAACAAAGUCGAUCUCAGGCUUGCGCUUGCCGAAACCGACGAGGCGUUGGAAAAAGCAGCCAAUCUGUACAUCCCACCGUUACUACUCAAACUUGCCAGUAACCAUGGAUCGGUUCGCCAGGCUGUGUUCAAGAUCAUCCAGAAUGUGUUUCCGAGAAUCACAGCGGCUCGAGAAUUGAAAUUGCCUGUCGAGGCGUUAUUGCAGCAGAUCCAGGAACCGAAAAUCCCCCAGGGCUCUGAUCCCAGCCAAGUCAGGCUCUACAGCUUACUUUUCCUCCUGAAGGGCAUUGAGCGGUUGUCACUGGAGGAAAAGCACCAAUUGGCAACGAAGCUUUUGGUAGGAUACCACACUUACCCGCCUGCCGUUGGUAGCCGUAUAUUUGCGGCACUCAUGAAGUGCUUGGAAAAUUACAAGGCACCAGCACGAGACUCGGAAGAGUUUGAGAAACGCAGAGCAGAAUUGGGAUUUGAUACGAGACCAGAAGAUGAAAGAGCUUUUGCACGAACAGCAGCCAAAUUCUUCUUGUUACUUCCAAAUGCCAAUGCUCCCAUACAAACCCCAGGAAUGAGCGUUCAGGACCUGGCCUCGUUUACAAAAGACGCUGGUGUGUCGUAUAAGUCACUUGGCGAGAUCCAACUGGCCAAACUGCGCCUUUUAGAGUUUUUGAGCGCUGGUUUUGACGAGAGUCUACUCGUCUUGCCUCUUCUAAUUGCAUCUGCCGAUUCGCUGUCUUCGAUCAACGACCGUGCCGAAAUAUGGUUCAAGAAACUACCAAUCGACUUGGAAGAUAAGUACUUGGUGGACGACUUGGUGGUGCUCUUCCUUGGUAAAACCGAUCCCGUAACCCCACCAGUGGCCCCAACUCUUCAGGAAAAGAUUUUGUCUUUGCUCUGCAAGUCGGAGAUUGCCAUGACCCACGAGUGUACCAGAGAGCUUUCUGAAGCAGCACUCAACUCCGAAUACUCCCGCCUUCGGCAGACAGGAGUGGCAUUCAUUCGUAAAGUCACCAAGUCCGCAAGUGAUGCAUCGCCCUCUGGAUCAACGCUGUCUCAGGACGAGUUCAACAGUUCCAUUCUCACAAGACUCAAAGAAGGCAUUAUGAGCGAAGGUUGGCCAGAAAUGGACACCUCUCAAAUCUCCAAUUAUAGAGCAGCCGUUGGUCUGCGUCUGCUUCAGUACGAGGCCAUUGGCGAUAUCUUGCGUCAUUCGCCGUCGUUGUGGAACACCGACUUGACUUAUAUUAGAUUUUUGUUUGACUCGUUGGAGGGCGAGAGCAUAGAGCUCAGGCCCGUUGUCCAAGAAGUCUUGUCUGGCAUUGAGCCACAUCUCCUUAAGCUAUCUACUGAUUGCAAGAGAGAGUUGAAGCCGCUUUUGAGGAAGUAUUUGGAAUUCUCAAACUCUUCCAACAACCUCGGCUCGUGUCGCUACUUGGCCAUGAAGUUUUCCAACUCGGCCUUCCCAUUCCAAGACCCCGAGGCUCGAUACCUUUGUUUCCUCGGCACUGCCAAAUCCAACAACCCAGAGACAAUCGAAGAAGCAAACAAGGGCUUACAUCCAUAUUACUUCAACCUUUUACAGGAGUCCAACAAAUUCAACUUUCAAUCAUCAUCCAUUGACUUCCUCAGUGCAAAUACAGAUGUGCUCAAGACAGGAAUCUCUCAGGCCGAGGAGGACUCAGUUCUCUUCCAGGCCUUGGGUACAGCAGUGAGAUUCAUACUAAGGUCUUUGGUGAUGGAAGUAAUUGAAGACAAGACUACUGUGAUUGUUGUUGACGAAGACUGGGAUGCCAGAGUUGAUAAGGCCUUAGAGAUCGACGAAAAAGUGAAGUCUCUAAUGGCUGGAGGCAUCUCGGACCCAAACAACAAACACAGCAUUUUUGAUUUCUACGGUAUCGUUUUUGAUGCAUUGUACAAUCUGCACUUUGGUGGUGCAUAUCAUGUUGGUGAUACUGGCUUCAGCACAGUGUUGGCUUUACUUGUAUCUCUUUCUUCACCUGAAGUGAUUGCUGAAUUAAAGUCCUUUAUACCAAAGCUCCUUUCACUAAUUGAAGAUAAGGUUUUGGCCGAUAAGUCACUCCGAGAACUUUGCAAAACGCUAGGUGUGAUUGUGACAAAUAAGGACGUUAUUGACAAGGACUUGGAGAUAAUUUUGAAUAAGCUCACAGACCCCGAGCAUAGCAAUAACGCAAGUAAGCUCACGGGACGCAUUUUGGCUCCAGCGUAUAUCAUUUCAAGAAUUGUGCUCGCCGGUCGCCAUAGUGUUUUGAGUUCUGAAGGCGUUCGUGCUUUUGUCACGAUUCUUCGUGAAUCUAUCAAAGAGUCUCGUUACUAUGAUACCGUUCUUGAAGCUUUGAGUCAGCUUAGUAUAUUUGGUGUCCUCGGACCCGAGCUUGUUUUCUAUGACACCAUAAAGGAGGACUUGAAAACCUUGCAAGAGCCAAUUGAAGUGAAGGCUAAAACCUGUCAUGAAUUAUCGGUGCUCACAUUGCUGAAGCUUCAGCUCGCAAAUCCCUCGACAUACGAAUCAAAGGAUGAAGCUGACCUCAAUGCUAUUGAAACUAUAAUCUAUAACACGCAUACUUCGAAACAACUCGAUUACACUUUGGCUAGUGGAGAAGCCUUUUCAAUCCUUGCUGGUGGGUGGAAAUCCAAAAUUCUCCAGCAAGAAUUGGACGUACAAGGUGCCAGCAUUUCUCAUAUUCCACUUUCGACGGGACGCUUGCCAGUUAUUCUCAAGCAUGUCCUUCAAGCAUGUGCCAACACCAAGCCAGCAUUGAGAAGAGCCGGAUGCAUCUGGCUUCUUUCACUUGUGCAAUACCUUGGUGACGAGGUCGAAAUCAAGGAGAAUGCCUCCCGAAUUCAUGUUGCAUUUAUGCGCUUCCUUGCUGAUAGAGACGAAUUAGUACAAGAGCUGGCUUCUCGAGGUUUGAGUAUCAUUUACGAGCUUGGUGAUGCAGAUCUUAAGGAAACUUUGGUGAAGGGCUUGUUCAAAUCUUUCACCGACUCCGACACGACUAAGAGUCUCACCGCUGGUACGGUGGAUUUGGAAACGCAAUUAUUUGACCCAGACGUGUUGAAAACCCAUGAUGGAUCUGUCUCUACUUACAAGGAUGUUCUCAAUUUGGCUCAAGAUGUCGGUGACCCAGGAUUGGUUUAUAAAUUCAUGUCUUUGGCAAAGUCCAAUGCCUUAUGGUCCUCCAGAAGAGGAAUGGCCUUCGGUCUUGGCUCUAUCAUGGCAAAGUCCAGUUUGGAUGAGAUGCUUCUCAGCAACAAGAAUCUCAGCAACAGAUUGAUUCCCAAACUCUACAGAUACAGAUUCGAUCCCAACGUGGCGGUUUCAAAGUCAAUGAAUGACAUUUGGACUGCGCUUAUCAAGGAUGGCCCAAAGACGAUCGCUGAUAACUUCGAGGUGAUACUCAAUGAGAUUCUCAGAACUAUGGGCAAUAAGGAGUGGCGUGUACGUCAAGCCAGUGCAGCAGCACUUGGCAACUUGUUACAGACCCAGCCCCUCGAGCAAUACGAAUCUAGACUUGAAGAGAUUUGGAGUAUGAGUUUCCGUGCCAUGGAUGACAUUAAAGAAAGUGUACGAAAGGAGGGUACACAGCUUUGCCGUAUGUUGGCCAGAACUCUUACCAGACUUGCGGAUGUAAGCACUGGUAACGUAACUGUUGCCAAGGCAACGGAGGUGUUGAAUUAUUUGAUUCCAUUCUUCUUGGGCACGAAAGGUCUUCAAAGUGACGCUGAAGAUGUGAGAGAGUUUGCUCUCGAGACAGUUUUGAAACUAUGCAAGGUUGGAGGCAAAGCGGUCAAACCUCAUGUUCCAAAACUCUUGGAGACAUUCAUUGAGUUGAUGUCCACCCUCGAGCCAGAAGUUGUGAACUAUUUGAUGUUGAACGCUGAGAAGUACAAUUUGAGAACUAGUGAUGUUGAUGCAAAGAGACUUCAGAGUCUCAGUCAUUCGCCUAUGAUGGAUGCAAUCGGAAAAAUCCUCGCCAUCACUGACGAGGAACUCAUGCCUCAAAUCAUAAACUCAAUCCGUAAGUCAGUCAAAAAGUCGGUUGGACUUCCAUCCAAGGUUUGCGGCAGCAGAGUUAUCGUCAACCUUAUCACGAAGAACUACAUUAUUGCCAAGCCAUUUGGCGAUAAGCUUCUCGAGAUUUGUAUCUCCCAACUCAAUGAUAGAAACUCCACUGUCGCUUCGUCUUAUGCUGCAGCAGCCGGUUACGCUUCAAAAAUCGCCAGUCUCGAUGCUGUUUUGAAAUACAGCGAGUUGAUUGCAAAAACCUAUCUUGAAGCAGAGGAUGAGGCACCACGCUCAUUAGCAGCCAUUGCCUCUGAGAGCGUCAGUAGGUACAGUGGACUGGACAGAUUUGAGGCUGUCGCCUCGGCUUUUCUUCCGUUGGUAUACAUUGGAAAGCAUGACGAAUCAGAGGCCGUGCAACAAAUCUUCGAACGUGAAUGGAUCGAGAGUUCUGGUGGCAGAAGCGCCACGAAACUCUACUUCGAUGAGAUUCUCAGGAUCAGUGAAAGCUAUGGUAAGCUGAACAAUUAUUAUAUUCGUCAAGUGGUUGCUCGCUCCAUAGCUGAUGUUUGCAAGACAGUCGAAAUUGACUCUGACAAGCAAUUGAAGAAGCUUUUCGACUUAUUGUUGGAAUCAUGCAAGGGUAAGUCGUGGUCAGGAAAAGAUUUGGUUUUCGAUGCCUUGGUCGACUUCGCCAUUUUGAAGUCAAGCUAUGUCAGAAAACAAGAGUCACUUCUCGAAGAGAUUUCUAAAACCGUGCAAGUCGAGGGCAAGAGAAGAAACAAAGCUUAUCAGGUCAAGGCAAUUCUCAGCGUUGGGAAGUUCAUUCACGAGUUCCCUGAAGAUAUCGAGAUUGUGGAAACAUACAUCGAUGUAAUGGGUGAUGUGCUUACGGAGGAUUAUCAAGACGAAAUUGAAAUGGCCGAGCUGCUUGCAGAUAAAAAGACUAACAAAGCGCAAGAGGCCAUUAUUGUGGAAGAGUUCAAUUUGAAUCUUUUGAAGAAUGUAUUUGCAUCCAUCUCACCAAAACAGCUCCACAAAGAUCUACUCCAAUUUGCCUUGGAGUCAUCAGCGAAGUUCAAGAACUCUGAUCACGAGCAAUCUUGGAGAACAUGCACUGGGUACAACGAGAAUUUCAAAACGCUUUUGGAAGGAUUGUUGACUGAAAAGACUUCUCUCAGUUCCGCAGAAUUGAACAUGAUCGCCAAAGCAUUCAAGACCCUUUUUGAAUUUAGUGACAAAGGACUGCUCGAAAAGAAUGUCAUUAUGUUGGCAAGAAACGCCACUACGUUUUUCAAAGUCUUUGAUCAAAAUGGAGCUUCUAACGAGGCAGCAUUUGUUGUCGACAAGUUAAAGGCCAUGUUGAAUGAUCGAGUUUCGACCAUUACGGAAAACGAGUUGAAAAGCGCUAUCCAAACAUACCAGUAA